UCUCUCUAAUCUGUGGUCAGUCGACGAAAUGUCAAAUAGCCGGACGGUCUUCAUCGUUUCUUAAACAAAUCAAAAUUGUAUAUGAAUUCUAUAAAUAAAUAACUUAUCGAUAUCAGUAACGCGAAAUAUGAGAGAACUUAAUAAAUUUAAAGUAGUCGCCACGCCCCCGCGAUAAUAACUAUUAGGCAGAAAUCCAGUUCAAUUGAUGACUUUUUGCCAUUUUUGUUAUCUUACAAUCCAAAUUUAUAUUUUAUUUAUUUCAUCGUCUGUUUAAUCUUAAUUACCUAAACCAUUACUAAUAUCUAAGAUUAUAAAAAUAGACUAAAUAGUGUCAUAAGUGAUAAAUCGUGGCAAGUGAUUUAAUAUUUUGAAAAUGUCUGUGCUAAAUAACUUUAGCGUUUCAAUCGCAAGAGGACUCAGACAUCUUCAAAAGAGUGAUAUCCCCCAGGGGUUGUUCCCGGGAACUGUCAUUAGGAGAGGUAGCUCGAGCACGAAGGAAGGCCGGCCUCACCUGAAGAUGGAAAAGAGUCUCAUAGUAUCUAAGGUCACGAGAUACGAAUACGAAAAAUACAGUCGGGAGAACAUAUCAGACAAAGAGUUGGAGAGCAUACUGCGAAAGCGCGGUUCAGACUACGACGCCAUGUUACAAAACCACAGAGAGCAAAAAGCUUUUGAGGAGAGCGUCGCGAAGAGCAUGCGGGAUAUUGGGCUCAAAGUGGAAAUGGCUAGCAGAUUAACGUACAGCGACGAAUUGAUCAACUGGUGCGACGUGGUGGUACCGUGCGGUGGUGAUGGCACAUUUUUACUGGCGGCUUCCAGAGUGCGGGAUGCGAAUAAACCAGUAAUAGGAUUUAACAGCUGCCCGCACAGGUCUGUCGGCAGACUCUGCCUACCCACGUGGUGCUCCAACGACCUCAAGGGUGCGCUCUACGCACUGAAGGAGGGAAAGUUCAAGUGGCUUCAUAGAUCCCGUAUACGCACCACCGUUACAGGCGUGCCCAGACAGCUCGAGAAGAUCACGCCUGUCGACCUGCACACGCUGCAUUACUGCAGGUACCCACCCGUAUCCCACAAUCAAGACACGGAGUGCCAUCCGCCGCCCGUCGCCGACGAGCCCAGCUCGGAGCUCUCCACCAAGGUGUUGCCAUUCUUAGCACUGAACGAGGUGUUCAUAGGCGAGAGUGUGACGUCACGCGUGUCGCUGCUCCGGCUGCAGAUCGACAACGGCCAGUGGACUCAGACCAAGAGUUCUGGACUCUGCGUCACCACCGGCACCGGCAGUACAUCCUGGCACUUCAGCAUCAACUGCCUCCGAACUCACUCGGUGUUGGAGCUGAUGAAGAUCCUCUCGAGUGAAUUCGACGUGAAGGUCGACACCCGUUUGGAGAAGGCCCGGGAGGUCGCCGAACGAUACAACCAAAAACUUAUGUUCCCACCAGACUCGCGGCGGCUGGCGUACAGCGUCCGCGAGUACAUCACGUUCGAGGAGUUCCCCGCGCCGCGAGGACUGCGCGCGCGCGACUCGGCCGCCGCCGUGCGCGUGCGCUCGCACUGCACCGACGCAGGACUAGUUGUCGACGGGAGCGUGUCGUUCCCCUUCAACGAUGGCACCGAAGCGCUGCUAGAGAUAUACCCUGAAGAUUCACUAAUGACAGUACAAAUGGACGACACACUGCCUUAUUAAUCGUUAAGAGAAAAUACUGUGAAUCUUCUCCAGUCAUAUUCCAGAUUUUUUCUUUGUGACAUACGAAUUCUUUAAUUACAAGCUUUUAUUCAUCUUGCAAUGUUUAAUUUUAAAAUAUUUAAAAUAUCUUGCAAUGUAUUCGUGUGUAUGUGUUCUUUUAGAUCAAAUUUUGUAUUAGAUAUAUCAAAAUUUGUAAAUAGAAUUAAAAUCAAUUCCUCAUAAUCGUUUUUGCUAAAAUGAUGCAUACACUUUUAAUUCUGGCAACAAUAGAAUAUGCAAUAUAUCAAAAUGGCCGCCGUCAAAAGAUGGCUGAGUGAUUAUUGUAAAAUUAUUUUAAAAAUCUCGUAUAAAAAUAUAAAUAUCUUGUUAAUAUUUAAGUUUUUAAAUAUGCCAUUUUAAGGCAUUGGAGCAAUUUCAUGUGGUCAUCAUCAAAUGCCGGACUUGGCUUUGGAAAGACUGGGUUAGGAUGUUAAAAAGCUGGGUUAAAAAGGACACAUUUUUGGAUAAGCCUGGAACUAAUUGAAGUAAAUGUUUUAUAUCAGUCUGGGCAUGUAAAAGGGUAGAAUAAUAUUUUUAUGCAUGGAAUAUAUAGAUUGUAUUUUUAAGUUGAGGUCGAAUGUACCUCACAUUUAAAUGGUUGCUAAAAAGUAAUGUGCGUUAUGUAAUAUUGCGUUAUUAAUGUGAAGUUAUUUUAAUAUAAUUUCUGUUAUAUUGUAACAUUACAUUAUUAAUAUUAAAUUAUGUUAAUGUAACUUCGCAUUAUUGUUGUAAAAUUAUAUUACGUAGUGUUACAUUAUGUAGUAUUACAUUACGUAAUGUUACAUUAUGUAGUGUUACAUUAUCAAUAUGAAGUUGUGUUAAUGUAACUUUACGUUAUAGUUGAAACGUCACGUUAUUAAUUUAAAGCUUUUGAAACGUUACAUUAAUCUUUAAAAGAUAUGUUACAAUUAACUAAAUGCCUGUAAUAACUGUGAUCAUUUAUGGCGAUUAGCUAUUUUAUAAAAUACUUUUAUAUAGAUAAUAAUCACAUUAGUGUAAGACUGAUAUGUAGUAUAAGAAUCAUUGUGUUGCUUAUACAUUUGAUUAUGAAUUGUAAAACUGUACAAUAAAUAAGUACGUAAAAGGACCUGUCUUGCCUGAGUAAUUAUUCCGUCUACCAGCACGGCUAAACCGCUGGAUAUAGAACUUGAGAUUUGUAUAAUUUGCCAUUUUAUUUGGGUCUUUUUUUAGGUAAAAUUUUUAAAAGUUCAGCAUGUGUUUUGUAUAUUUUUAUUUUUGUAAAUUUUGUUUGUUUAUACAUUAAUUAUGGAAUGUCAUAUAUUACGCAAUGUCAUCGAUAUGCAAUGUCAUGAAACGUGCAAUGUUAUUAAAUAAAGUAAUAGUUUUAUGUCACUAGUUAACGUUGACCUUCGUUAUGAAGUGGCAAGCAAAUUGCUUUCUUUUUAAUAUAAUAUUAGAAAUAUUUUUUUUUUAUCGGAUGAGAUCAUGAAUGUUUCGUUGUCUAAUUUCUCAUAACAACAGGUAGCUGGUUUACUUUUAUGGUACUUGUCUUUAAUAUGAAAUUAUGUUAUUUAAAUGUAAGCAUAUUUAAUCUUUUUACGUAUAAACAGUUAAUAGAUAUUAGUAAAAGACUGUACUGUUCAUUUUAAUUAAAGAAGUUUACUUUUAGAAAGGUUUCAUGCUAAUUUAAUUAAAAUUGUUAUCGAUUGCUUUAUGUAAAGAAAAUAUAGGUAAAUAUAUUGUUAUUAGAUAUAUUCAAUCGACUGUUAUAGACUUCUACAGCAGUUUAUUUUAAUUUGGAUUGGUAAUAUAAUUCUUAUCACCAUCUGAUAAAGUUAUGAUUUAAUUGCAACAAAUUCUUAAUUCAGACUGACUUAUUGACAUCAAGAGUUGUCGAUGUUCGAUUUUUAAAAUUAAUUGCUGUAGUACGUUUAAUAAAAAAAAAAAAAAUUCAAGUCAACAUUAGUACUUAUAAGGAUUGAUUUUUGUACGUUUUUAUUUUUUUUUACGUGUUAUAUAAAGUGCGUUGAUUUAAGAUGUUAAUUUGUUUUGUAUUUAGUGAAAUUAUAUUUUGUUGUUCUGUUGUUUAUGGUAUAAUGUCUCCAUAAUAUUAGGGCUAGGUUCUAGUAUCAAAUUAAAUUAUGAAUAUUUUUUAUAUUGCCACAAGACUUGAAUAAAUAAAAUGAACUUAUUAUUCAAUA